AUGGCCACUGAUUCUGGGGAGCCAGCUAACACAGAAGAUUCUGAGAAACCUGAUGGGGUUUCCUUGGAAAACAGGGUCGCUCAGAUUGUUACACCUCUGACGGUAGAAGCUAGAAUGAAGGAAAAAACAAGCACCUUCUCUGCUGCCGGGGAAACCAUUGAAAGAAAGAGAUUUUUCCGAAAGAGUGUUGAGAUGACAGAAGACAAUAAAGCUGCUGAAUCCUCUCCUAGAGAUGAAAGAAUAAAAGCUGCAACAAAUAUUUCAAGGGUAGAUAAACUUCCUACAAAUGUGCUAAGAGGUGGGCAAGAAGUUAAAUAUGAACAAUGCUCAAAGGCAACCUCAGAGUCCUCAAAAGAUAGUGUCAAGGAGAAAAAUGACAAGGAAAUGGAAGAAGAGGCAGAGAUGAAGGCUGUAGCAACUUCCCCUAGUGGCAGGUUUCUGAAAUUUGAUAUAGAGCUGGGAAGAGGAGCAUUUAAAACAGUAUAUAAAGGACUGGACACUGAAACUUGGGUUGAAGUUGCUUGGUGUGAACUACAGGACCGCAAAUUAACUAAAGCUGAGCAGCAACGGUUCAAAGAAGAAGCAGAGAUGUUGAAAGGCCUCCAGCAUCCCAAUAUAGUUCGAUUUUAUGAUUCCUGGGAGUCUAUAUUAAAAGGAAAGAAAUGUAUUGUGUUAGUGACUGAACUAAUGACAUCAGGAACCUUAAAGACGUACUUAAAACGAUUUAAAGUCAUGAAGCCAAAGGUCUUAAGAAGCUGGUGCAGACAAAUUUUAAAAGGAUUACAAUUCUUGCACACAAGGACUCCUCCUAUUAUUCAUCGAGAUCUGAAAUGUGACAACAUUUUCAUCACAGGACCCACUGGAUCUGUGAAGAUUGGUGAUCUGGGACUUGCAACCUUAAUGCGCACAUCAUUUGCUAAGAGUGUCAUUGGUACUCCUGAGUUUAUGGCUCCAGAGAUGUAUGAAGAACAUUAUGAUGAAUCUGUAGAUGUUUAUGCUUUUGGAAUGUGCAUGUUGGAAAUGGCUACUUCGGAGUAUCCGUAUUCCGAGUGCCAGAAUGCAGCUCAAAUAUACCGUAAAGUAACCAGUGGCAUAAAACCAGCUAGCUUCAAUAAAGUCACAGACCCUGAAGUGAAAGAAAUCAUUGAAGGAUGUAUUCGACAAAACAAAUCUGAAAGGUUAUCUGUCAAGGACUUACUAAACCAUGCAUUCUUUGCUGAGGAUACUGGACUGAGGGUGGAGUUAGCAGAGGAAGAUGAUUGCUCAAAUUCAUCCCUGGCUCUAAGACUCUGGGUUGAAGAUCCUAAAAAAUUAAAAGGCAAACAUAAAGACAAUGAAGCUAUUGAAUUCAGUUUCAAUUUAGAAACAGAUACACCCGAGGAAGUAGCGUAUGAAAUGGUCAAGUCUGGAUUCUUCCAUGAAAGUGAUUCCAAAGCUGUUGCUAAGUCCAUUAGGGACCGUGUGACACUGAUAAAAAAGAUAAGGGAAAAGAAACCUGCUGGGGAAAAGAAGCCUGCUCGAUGCUUGGAGGAACGCAGGGAUUCCCAUUGCAAGUAUGUGGGGAAUGUAUUUCCUCAGCAGAAGACUACAACUUUACCACCUGCUCCUGGUACACACACUGUAGCUGAAUGUGAAGAAACAGAAGUUGAUCAGCAUGUUCGACAGCAGAUUCUACAGGGAAAAUCACAGCAGCAGUGCUCCUCUGUUAGAGGUGACACUUCAUCUGAGGCAGCAGCUGGACCAAUUCUACAUUCAGAUACUUCAAGUCUUCCCACUGUAGCCUAUUCUUCAAGCCAGCCAACUAACUCUCAGGUAGUUUCUAGUAUCUUACAGGCUGACAUAAGUGUUCCAGUGCAAAUAUAUUCUUCUCAACAACUCGUAGGACAUGGGCAACAAAUUUCAGGGAUGAGGGAAUUACUACUGUAUUUUAUAUGUUGGAGAUUUUAUCUAUUUUCUUCUAUUUACCAGUUGCAGGAGCAGCCAAAGCUGACUCAGUCCCCAGUUUUGCCUGUGGUUCAAGGUCAGUCCUCAGUUAUGCCCAUAUAUGCCGUUGGACAUGCAGUUGUUUCACAGUCCCAAAUUUCUCCAUUAACUAUCGAGAAGGUCUCACAGAUAAAGCCUUCCCAACCAGUUGGAGCUGAACAACAAGCAGCUCUUCAAAAUCCAGAUUUUGUUCGAGGCUUGAAUCAAGAUAUGACGGCUAUAAAAGAAAACACCAAUAACCCUGAUAACCCAAGUGGAAAUGGCAAACAGGAUCGGAUCAAACAGAGAAGAGCCUCCUGUCCUCGGCCAGAGAAGGGGACUAAAUUUCAACUUAUUGUCCUUCAGGUAUCAGUCUCUGGAGACAACAUGGUGGAGUGUCAGCUGGAAACACACAACAACAAGAUGGUCACUUUCAAGUUUGAUGUUGAUGGAGAUGCACCUGAGGAUAUUGCAGACUAUAUGGUUGAAGAUAAUUUUGUGCUAGAAAAUGAGAAAGAAAAAUUUGUAGAGGAAUUGAGGGCUAUCGUUGGUCAAGCCCAGGAGAUCCUUCAUAUCCACUCAGCUACAGAAAAAUCUAUUGGUGUUGACUCUAUUGCUUUGGAAUCCACCAGUAACCAGACAGGAUCAUCUGAACAAGUACUGAUAAAUUCUGCAUCCACUCAAACCAGCAAUGAAUCUGCUCCUCAGUCAUCCCCAGUUGGUCGGUGGCGGUUUUGUAUCAACCAAACAAUAAAAUAUCGUGAGGCGCAGUCUCCUCCUUCCUUUCAGCCUUCUGUGACUAUGGUUCCUGGGUUACAUCCAUGUCCUAGUGCAAGAAACACAAGUAAUCAGGAAAUAGCACAUGGCACACUGUUCACUAUAGAGAAUAACCCAGUCCAACAUGUCCUUUUCGCCUCCCAAUCAGAACACAAGGAUGUAAUUGAUGGUAAGAUUUCUGAACGUGCUAGUGUAGAAACUGAGCAGCCAACUAUUCUCUAUCAAGUGGGAGAUGAUGGACAGAUAAUGGCACCAGCUACUGAUAAUUCCAAUUAUUCUGCUACUUCGGUGUGUCCAGUUCCAGUUGAAUGUGAGGUACUCACCGGGCAAGCAGGCAUGUUCAUACCUACACAUCCAUGUAAGCAAGCUGCUGUUCUGGCUGAUGUGCUUAUGGCCCAUCCUGGUGAAUCGGUUCAGAUUGGUGAUAAUGCUGUUCUAACUUCAGUAUUUGUAUCUUCUCAUCAAAAGCCUCAAUCCUUAUCAGUACAGCAACCAAGUAUAGAUGCAGAGUUCAUUUCCCAAGGAGAAAACAUAGUGAACACUGACACAAGUUCUCCUAAGACAGCUGUUGCCACUCAGACUCCUGGCUUUGAACCAGCUACACUUCCACCUGCUACUGUCCUGGAAUCAGAUGGGGAACGACCUCCAAAAAUGGAGUUUGCAGACAACCGAAUUAAAACACUGGAUGAAAAAUUAAGAAAUCUGCUCUAUCAGGAGCACAGCAUUUCUAGCAUCUACCAGGAGAGUCAGAAGGAUACUCAAAGCAUAGACUCUCCAUUUUCUUCCUCUGCUGAAGAUAUACUAUCCUACCCAAUGCCAGAAGUCACAGCCAUAGGUCACUGUGGAAUUCAAGAAAGCCCUGCACAAUCCCCAAAUUUCCAACAGACAGGCUCUAAGAUUCUGUCCAAAGUGGCUGCAAGUCAGCCUGCUAAUGUAUCAGUGUUCAAAAGAGACUUGAAUGUGAUAACUUCUAUACCCAGCGAGUUAUGUUUACAUGAGAUGUCCCCAGAUGCUUCACUUCCAGGGGAUCCAGAGGCCUAUCCUGCUGCUGUGUCAAGCGAUGGAACCAUUCAUCUGCAGACAGGAGUGGAAACUGAAGAUAAAAGAUCAGCAAUUGCUCUUGAUCCCACUCCGCUGACACGGGAGUUCUCAGCUGAUACUAGGGCUUUGAGUAGAUGUAAAUCGAUGAGUGGAUCAUUUCAGCGGGGUCGGUUCCAGGUGAUCGCAGUUCCUCAGCAGCAGUCAGUGAACAUGAUGUCUUUUGGAAAAGAACACAAACCUCCAUUCAAGAAAACAGUCCAGUCUAGUGAACAAGCACUAGCCUUUGCUGAAACUGCAGUGUCUCAGUUGAUUGAAGUGGAACCUGCCAUGCCCACUCCUAAAGCUUCAGCUUCUUCACAAAAGUUACGGACUCUUUAUGAAACGUUUAAAGAAGAUAAAGGAGACCCUGAACAAGGUGACAUCUUAUCUUUCAGCACAGCUUGUGAGACCAGUGUGUCUUCAGUGACUACAGAAAAGAACUUGGAAGAAACUUCAACCACAGUAAUUAGUGUGCAUUCUGGGUCUGAACUGUUAGAUAAAGAAAAGAAGCUGACUCCUGAGAAACAGCCAUAUGCUAAUGAAUUUUCAGCCACUCUUGCUGGUAAUGGAAAGUCAGUGACAAAAACUGGUUCAAAGAGUGAUCGAUAUUUACCACUCCAUGAAGAGCAAGCCUAUGCUCAAACACAGAGUUCACUCUUCUAUUCUCCAUCUUCCCCAAUGAGCAGUGAUGAUGAAUCAGAAAUUGAGGAUGAGGACUUGAAAGUGGAGCUUCAAAGAUUACGAGAAAAACAUAUUCAGGAGGUGGUCAAUCUUCAAACACAGCAGAAUAAAGAGCUGCAGGAGCUCUAUGAACGCCUUAGAGCCACUAAAGACAGCAAAGUUCAAUCUUCAGAGAUUCCUUUGUCACCUUCAUCACCACGUCGGCCAAGACCUUUGAAAAGUAAACUCCGAAGCCGCCCUCAAUCCUUGACACAUUCAGAAAAUGUCAUUGUUGUAAAAGAUGCCGUGUGUGUGGAGAGUAAUACUGUAUCAUGCCAGCAAUCUCCAGCCAGCAAAAAGGGGAUGUUCACAGAUGAUUUACACAAGCUGGUGGAUGAUUGGACAAAGGAAACAGUAGGAAAUUUUCCUAGUAAGCCAAGUUUAAACCAGCUCAAACAGAACCAACAAAAAUUAGAGGCAGAAAAUUGGAACAAAGUAUAUGAAAGUACUCCAUCUACUAUGGGCUACCCAUCAACAUGGAUUUCUUCUCUCUCCCAAAUUCGUGGAGCUGUUCCAACAUCCUUGCCACAAGGACUCCCACUCCCUUCAUUUCCCGGGCCAUUAUCAUCAUAUGGAAUGCCUCAUGUUUGUCAGUAUAAUGCUGUAGGGCCCACAGGUUAUCCAGUACAGUGGGUAGGAAUUCCGGGAACAACACAGCAGUCUGUAGUAGUUCCCACUCAAUCUGGGGGACUCUUCCAGCCCGGGAUGAAUUUGCAGGCAUUUCCAGCUCCACCGAUGCAGAAUCCGUCAUCAAUCCCUCCUGGUCCUAAAUGAAUCCAAAUAAAUGCUGAAGUAAGAGGAGAGGAUUUUCAGAACACCUACAAUACUAAACUUCUUGAGUUCUGCCAUAUUCUCUCGCAUUUGCGUCUCCUUUCAACUGUGUCUUUUGUUGUUCUGAUGUGAUAUUUGAUACAGCUCGUCAUUCUGUAGUAAUGUGCAGUUUGCACAUAGAAUACUGCACACUGAAAUGUUUUUUCACUUCAAAUCCUAUCCUCUUUGAUACUUGAUUUUUAAAAAAUACUGUCCAGAAUGCUUUAAUAAGCUCAGCUUGAGUGUUACCAUUUCCAGGACACUUUCAUGUGUUGCUAAGAAGCUCUCACCCCACUUUUUUAUGCUGCUACCAGCAGUUGUAUGAUACUUUUCUUUAAAGUGUGUAAAAACUAUGUAGAUUGGUUCUCCCCAAAUGUGGAAGACCCUCCACUAGCCAGUUUUGUGGGAUUUGUCACAAGUGUCUUCAGUUUACUUUUCACAGAAGGCAGUAACUGGCUGCAAGAAAUGUUUUCAUGUAUAAAUUUAGUAUAGUUUUGUCAAGCAGUACAGAACAGGAGCGUUUUUAAUGUGAUUUUCUUCCCGUCAUCACAGCAGUAGGAGUGAGGGCUUGUUUAAGUGAGGCGGAGGGAAAGGACAAAACAGAACUGUAACAGUUCCUUGAACCUACAGCUACUAGAGCUGCUUUUGGGUUCCAGUAAUAACCCUCAGCAGCCAUCUUUUCUCAUGUGCACACUGCAUUGGUUUUGAGCAUCUGAGAGGCACUGGCUUGGCUUGCGUUCUUUUGCUAGGUAUUGCAGCUAAUGUGAAUCUCAUUUGGGGGAAUCCUUGUAAUCAUAAACAAGGAGAUUCAGGUUAACACUUCUGUUAAUCCAUUCUUCUAAAGUGAAGUGUACUUGACACAUUAGGGUUUGUAGCUUUUGAGACUUUUACAUAAAACACUGGCUUUACAGGGUUCUAAGAAAUGUAGGAUACACUGUCCUGCAGUGAAAUAGUACACCCUAGGAUGAUAUUAUUUAAAUUGCCUUUAACCUUUUUUGAUGACAGUGUUUUGGUUGUUUUAAUUUCUUACUAGUAUCUGUAGUCUUAGACCAUUUUAGAUCGUAGAUGCGUUUGUCAGCCUCUUGAAAAUUUGAGAGAAUUCACUGUCAAGUUGCACUUUACUGGGUUUUAUCCAGUUUUAGGAGGAAGGGAGGCAGUGUCAAAACGUAUGCCUUUGGUUUUUAAGAAUGUUAACUUCAGUAAUCUUAAAGGCUAGUCACAGGGUUACCUAAUAUUCAGUCUGUGAAACUCAAAUAGAAUUUUUACAUGGUAUACAUCAACUCCUAAGUACACAUGUUCAAAUGACUUAGCAUUCACUGAAGCUUUGAAAGUCAUUUCUAAUACAUGUUUUCCUAUUUAGGAAUUCUCUUGGUAACCAUUCCAAAUUAUGCUCAAUGUUUCUGUUAACAGAUUUCCCUCCAUAUUCCUCUAAAAACUUACCCCAUGGGCUUGCUGGGAAGUUAGAAAAACUUUGCUUUUUUAUUUCGUACAGUAUACUUUGUGACAGUCAGUACCCUUUUUAAAAGUUGUCUUAUAUUACUUACCUAAAGAUCAUACCCACCAUCACAUUUUUUUUCUGCAGAUUUUUUUAUUUGAAUUAGGAACAAGACUGUUUUACAUGACAAUCCCAGUUCCCUCUCCCUCCCCUCCUUCCCUAUAACCCCCUCCCCACCAUCACAUUUUUGUCACUGUUACUGGGGCAUUCUGUGAAUUGCUAUUGGAAAAAGCCACAGUUUCUUUUCCUAAGACAUCCUGUUUUGGAUGAGUCCAGAUCAUAUGCACGGAUUCCUGAAAUUCCUUCUAUAGUAUUGCUUUGCAAGUUGAAGUGAGUUUUAGGCUAUUAAUGUAGUGCAGUUGCUUGCAUUGCAGUGUUUUCCACAUGUAUAAAAACAAUGCUCCUAAAGCCCAUAGUUCCUUAAAACUGUGCUUCUUUAUCAGUUGGUUUUAUAUAAUUAUAUUAAGAUAAACAACCCAGAAGGUGAAAUCCUACAAGUUUUAAGACUGGAUCUUCUCUAGUUGCAAUCAUUUUAAACGGUGUACCCCAGGAUGAAAAAAGCUCCAUGGAUGACAUGUACAAUCCCAUUUACUAGUGGCUGCUCUACGUAGUAUGUUCUGUGUUUUGUUAAACAUCUCAGUUUUACACAUAAUUCAUAGUUCUUGUUUGCCUGCAGAUGUUUGCAGUGCCUUGUAAUAUUUAGAAUCUUUUCAGGUUUUGCUGGAAAGAAAAGUCAUCUUCUAAAGUUUGAAGAUGGGGAAUAGUGUACUGCUGUCUCCAUGCUGACUGCAGUAUCUGGGUUAACAUAUAUGUUACAUAUACAUUGUGUAUGUGUAAUGUGUAGAAGUUAAAGCAUACAGAAAAAAGGGAGUGUGCAGAAAUGAAGAAAACAAUGUUAUUCACUUUGCUGUGGGGUUUUCUUUACUUUUUCGCAUUACUUUUUGAUUUGAUUCAGAUUAUAGUCACUUUGAUUGUAAAUAUUGGUUAGUUUUCUUGAAGAGGAUUUUGCAUUAUUUCAUAAUUUUGCUAAGUCGUAGAAUAGUGCUGUUUCCAUCCUUGCCUGAAGUACUUUUUCUCUCCCAUAAACAAUGAAUCAGAUAAUGCUCAGAAGUUCCCUUUUUUUUUAAACAAAAAGUCUAGUGCAUUUAAUGGGCCUUCUGUUCAUUUCUAGAAAGCAUGCGAACCUAUCUUUUUCAUUUUCUUGUAAUCAACAUAAAGGUUGCGCUUAACCACUGUGUGUGAAGUUUCCUUGGGAGAUAGUCUGUAAUGUCUAGCCUCUCUGUUUACUUCUCCAAAUGCACAUCUGAUGAGCAGUGUUGUGUCUUCAUGUAUGGCAACAUGAGCACUUCACCAUGAGGCACUGCUGUUGUGUCUGUGAAGUUGGGUAUAACAUCAUAAGACUGUGAAACCAAUACUGGUGUAUUCAGUGCAGAUAACCCUUUAUAAAACUGGAGCAGGCUUGAAUCUAAAGUAAUUUGCUAUAGUUUGACAAAUAUUCCUGCAGUCUUUCAUCUCUUCCUUGCUUAAUAUCAAGCAUACGUUCUAAUAGUUUGACAGGAAAUCUAACUGUGAAAAUUUAAAAGGCACUUCCGCUGUGAUUUUUGGGUUGAGUGUAGAGUGUUUUCUAAGGUAAUAAUGGGAUGUUAUCAUCUGAAAACCCCAGAUUUAAUUGCAGUCCAGUUACUUUUGUUUAUCUACCUCGUUUUUCAGUACUGUUUUAGGUGCACACAUAAUUGUUGCCUGUGAAACUUGCUUUUUUGCCUUGAUUCUUUAUGUUGUUUAGAUUCUAAAUCUGGCUUGCCUUUUUUGUCCUUGCACUCACCACACAUGUGAGAUGAGAGGAAUCAUCAUUCUGCCACCAAUCUGUGUUUAAGCAAUGAGAAUCAAUCACCAAUGUGUAAUGAAGUUAGGGGAUUUGGGGAUGGAAGCAAAGAGAGAAAUCAAAUUGGUAACUUACAAUACUCAGUGGUAGGAGGUAGUUUUCAGAUAAACAAAUGGUUCAAAUGGACUGAAGGGAGAUAGUCCCAGUGCCUGGAAUUUCACAUGUGAUGGCAAUGUUUUCUCAUCUCAGUUUCUAAAGGGCUAUGGGUUGAAAUCGCUUUAACUACCACAGUGAAAUACUUGACCUCCUAGGCAGUAACCCAUCUUCAAAAUAUUGACUGGUAUUUACAGUGACAGUUUGUUAUCUUAAAAUGACAGAAUGCAUUUCAUUUGAAUCAUAGUUGGUAGUAAGGAUUUAGAUAAUUGCUUAUCUAAUCUCUGUAGUUUAUGGAAUUGACUCUCUUUGCUGUAUUUUCUAAACAUUGAAAAUAAUAUGUUCCCCUUUCCCCUUUAAAACAAAACCCAGCAAAUGUUUGUAACUGGAUAUUCCUUGUUUCACAUGUUUACCACAUAACACUACAUUUUUAAUAUUAGUAAAUACUAUAUUUCAGCCAUCAUUUAUAAAUACAUUCCUGAGGUAUAUUUGCCAUCGAUUGUGAUUCUCUUACCUCAUGUUGUGUUUAAUUAAGAAAAUCUGAGCCUUCUGAGGUGGUAUGCAAGCCAUUUUCUAGAAUAGAUUGGUUGCUUUUUUGAUCUGUAGUUUAUCAGGGACUUAUUUUCCCUCCCUUUAUUUAGAAGAUGUAAUAGAAAGGUCUGUAUAUAUAGAAAAUACUUUUGAUUUGGUAAAUAUAAUUCUAGGGUUAAAAUUUAAAAAUCUAAUCCAGAGUAUAAAAUGAGAACACUCUAACAUAAUAAAAAUUUCUUGUAAGAAAAAUUAGUAUGCAAUUUGUGUGGAGCCAUACUCUCAGACCACCCUGGAAAUCAUCUCCUUUUUGUGUGUCUGAACAGUGAAUUCAAACACUGAUCAGGGACCUUGACAACUAACAUGUGAAUGGGCCCAAAGUCAUAAGCAUGUUAAAUUUCUUUUCUACUGAGAUGGUUGAAAGAGUGUACAGGUUACCAGCUCGUAUUCCGGAAGGUUUUCUUUGAAGUAAAACAACGCAGACGAAGCGAAAAGUCAGGCAAGAGGGCAAGGGAAGGACUAAGCUCUGAAGGGACAAUGCUCUAAAACACUUGUCACCCUUCUAGCUUUUCUACAUUGUAUUUCUUUCCACUAUAAUUUCAGAUUUAAGGUUGAGAUUUGUAGUCCAGAACCCUCAGCAGAUAUAGUGGAUAUAGUGACUGAUCAGAAAGUGCAGUUGAAGGUCUGUCAUGCUCAAUCACUUAAAGCUAUUAAUUGUUUAAUACGAAUACUAAGCAUGUAGACCUUAAUGCAGCAUGGGAGCCACUCAGGAAGUUUAUGCAAUUAAACUUUCAUGCAUAAUUUACCAUGAGAUAUGUAGAAUUUCAGCCAAUUCUCAAUGCUUAACAUUUAGUUAUAUAUGUGAACUCUCCUUUUUUAAUUCGGGAAUGUAGCAUUAUAUAGAAUGCUGUUAAAUUUAACUUUAACAUUAACUUUUAUUUUACUUUUUUUUUUGGUAAGCCAAGUGAUCUACCUUUUAGCAGUUGUCUGGUUUUGAUUCUUCGAAACUGUGAUUUUUAUUUUAAUUACUACCCAACUGUUAAGUAUUUUGUUUCCUGGAAUUUUGUUUUGAAACAAAAAUAAAGGCUGAGUUAAAUGAC